AUGGACGCUAAAGUUUACCUACAGUCUUUUGGAUGGAAGGAAGGUGAUGCUUUGCAAAAAGGGGGGUUGAAAAAACCAAUUUUGGUCAAGCAUAAGAAAGAUACUAAAGGAUUGGGACACGAUUCGAAUGAUGCAGACGUAUGGUGGGAAAGGUUAUUUGAUGGUCAGUUGAAAAACCUAGACGUCUCGAACAGCACUAGUGGAACUGUUCUGUUUUCCAAGAAUGAAAAAGCUGUUGAAGAAUCUAUACGGAAAGCCAACUCUCCAUUAUAUAGGAUGUUCGUCAAGGGUCAGGGAUUAGCAGGAACAGUAGGAGACACGGAGUCGGUUAAAGUGAAGAGCAUGGAGUUGGAUGCAAAACAUGCAUUUGACGUUCUCCUGGGACAAAUGACCGAACCACUGAAAAAAAAGUCCAGUAAAGAAAAAAAGGAUAAGUCUAAGUCAAAGGAUAAGAGCUCGAAGUCGAAAGACAAAACACAACCAAAAGACGAAACGAAGAAAGAUAAAAGCUCAAAGUCAAAAGACAAAGUGAAGUCUUCAAAGUCAAAAGAUAAGUCAAAGUCAAAAGAUAAAUCAAAAUCAAAGGAUAGCAUAGAGAAACGUUCAAAGGUCAAAGAGCCAAAGAAAAGCAAAAAAUCUCAUAAGAUAGAGAAGACCGAAAGAAAAGACAAGUCAAAGUCGAAAAAACCAUCAAAGGAAGAUAAGAAGUCGAAAAAGAAAUUAAAACACCAACUCAAUGAAUUAUCCAACGAAAUAUCCAAGAAGAAAAACUCUUCCAGCUCCAAAGGCAGAAAGCCAGGUCAGCCAAAUGAAUCUCUGAAUGUCUUGGGAUUUUUCAAUAUCUUUUAUAUUGCUGAAUUGUUGGGUAUUAUAUCUCUUUUCAAGCUAGAUAUACUUCCCUCUUGGUCCCUACCAAUAAUUGGUGGUCUUACUAGUAUAAGUUACCUUAUUUUGCUAACGUUUUUCCAAAAGCCAUAUCCACAGAAAAGGAUUGCACAUGAACGAUUUCGAAAGUUCGAAUUCUUACAAAAUGAAAACUGGCAUCGAGUUGUUUCAGAACAACAAUCAAAUAAUCCUACAGCAAAAGAACAUGUUUUCACAGAGUCAUUUUUAAUAUCAGAAGUGUUGGAGGAUUUCAUUGAUCUCAUUUUGAAUGAGUUCGUCAAUGCAUGGUCUAGGGAAAUCACGACGUCUUCAUUAUUUGAAGACAGCAUUAAAAUAGAAUUGAAAACUGUAUUUCGGAACUUGAAAAAAAGAAUGGAAAAUGUAGAUUUUGCAAGAUUGUUGGUUUCGAAGUUGAUACCCGUUCUUCAUGAUCAUUUUAAUAACUACUUAACUGCUGAGGCCACAGUAAGACAUAACCAUUCGCACGGAAAGUCCGUUGGUAUCGAAUAUGAUUUGGCACUUGCUCGUUGCUACAACAAAGGUAAACUCCAUCCAGGUGUUUCUAUAACAUUGAGUCUUUCGAAUGAUGAAAAUGAAAAGAGUUACUUGAGAAACAGAAUAGGUUCAAUAUUGCCACUUAUACUAACCAACCAAGAAAACAAUAAUGAUACAGCAAUCGCCUUAGUUCGGGAAAUUUUGGCAUGCACCAUAUUAUCCAAUGUUUUUGAAAUGGUUUCAGAAAGUGACUUUUACAAUCUUCUAAUUGUUAAAUUAAUUGGAGAUAAUAUGAAGCACAGAGACCAAGUCAAACAGUUAAGAGCCGCUUUAGCAGAACACACUCAGCAUCCCAAUACUAAGGAUCCCUUGGAAUCCCUGAUUCAACAGCAUAAGCAAAUAAGUAUCAAUAAUUUGAACACUCUAAUAGUGAAAGAAAAUAUGACCAAUGCCGCAUUUAAGAAACUUAUAUCGUAUAUUUCCAAUUUUGCAACAAUUGAAGAACUUGAACACAUUCAACUCCGUUAUUCUUUAAUUCUAUCUAAAAUUAAGCCAACUAAAAGAAAACCUAGUACAUACGUGAAGAGAUUGAAUUUAGUAAAAUUCGUGACUCAGGAAAAGAUCUCGAAAUUAAGAUCCUUCAACCCUGACACAUUGCCAAAGAUUGAAAAACUUACGUUGAUGGAUAUUCUAAAUGAUCUGUUCGCCUCAAGUGCCUUUGCCGAAUUCAUGAAUGAUCAAAGAAGAUCAGACCUCUUAUCACUUUACCAAACAAUUGACUUGAUCAAAGCUCCUCUUGAGGAAUAUACAAUAGAUGAUAAUGAUGAAACGGAUUUAUCUCUUUCUUUGGAAUUUAUAGAUUUGGAAGACGUUAGGAAAAUUUAUGAACAAUUUUUCAAAAGGCCAGAUAUAAGCAUCAGUAAAGACAUUAUUGAUACUGUGGAAGAAUAUGUCAAGAAUAAUGAUCCAUACGCCAAAAACGUUUUGUAUAAAAGGGCUCGAAGAGCCCUCUUUAGAUUACAGACUGACCUAUAUGAAAUUAUGAGUGACCAUGACUUUCCAGACUUUAAAAAGUCCGGAAGGUUUUCCAAACUCUCUGAAAUGAAAUCAUUCCAUGAAAAUCACAAUCUCAGAAAUGUACCUUCUACAAUGUUCCUGCUUGAAUCAAAAGGGGAAACGCUGAGUCCGUUACCUGACGAUUCCGAUCCAGAUAAUGUUAGUCCUACAGUGGUUAAAGCUGUGGAAGAUGCUUUUUCUGAAAUAAUGAAAACUUCACCAGAUAAAAAGUUUAACAAGACACAGGCAAAUAAUAACUUUCGUAAAAAUCAAUUAUUUAAUUCACCAGAUAUUGAACAAGAUAGCUCUAAUGCUAUGCCCCUGACAAUUGAUUUGAAGAAAGAUUUGUUCGGUGAUCCAUCCACUUUGUUUGAAGAAGACAACGCAAACAUUUUUGGUCGACAUUCAAGGCUAUUUGACGAUGAAAGUGAAGAUUUAGAAACCGACACAGACUCUUCCAAUACUGAUGUGGAAGUACUGGCCCAAAAUUCAGACGAUUUUGACUUACAAGCAUCAGAUCUGCAAGUUCAUCUAGCCGCCCCUGGUAACCUCAGAUUAUCUGAAGAAAUUUCUAAAUUGAAUGGAGAAAUUGACAAACUAAUUGAGCAGCAGCAUGUUCUAGAGCCUUUGUUGAAAAAGGCAGAAUUAACUAAUAAUGUGGGAGAGCUUAAAAUUCUACGGAAAUCCAAAACAAGUUUGGAUAGAGAAAUUGCAUCCAAAGAACUACAAAAACAGCAAUAUAUAGUACAGGAAAACGAUAACAGUUUGUAUGCCAAGUCUAGAGUUCACGUUCAAUCAUACAUUAGUGGGAAUGAAAGGGGUAAGGAAUUUAUUCUCUAUAUUAUAGAAGUGCAAAGAUUUUCCAGUGAAGACCCAGAUGUUGUGACAGCAGGCUGGAUAGUAGCUAGAAGGUUCAGUCAAUUUUUCAAGCUUCACGAGUAUCUCAAAGCCAAGUAUCCGGAAGUUGCAAACUUGAAAUUUCCUAAAAGAACCGUCCUGGUGUUGAAGUUUCAGCAAAAACAGCUAGUUGAAUGGCGGAAGUCAUCACUCGAAGAGUACCUUCAAUCGCUCAUCAAUAUUCCUCGAGUUUGUUCGAAUAGAGCAUUUCGGUCGUUCUUAUCUUCUGAGAAUUUUAACUUAAGAAAGAACCAACCAUUUGAUGAUCGAGCAACUAUUCAAAAUAACACACCUUCUAAUUUGAAAACAAACGUGGAAAUGGUUGCAAAUAAAUUGUAUAAUGGUAUCCAAAAUAGAUUUGUGCAGUCAGGCUCACUGAAAAUUCGUAUGGACCCGGAAAUAAAUGACGAAGUUAUUCAUAAUGUUAAAGAAAUGCAAAGUGAGCUUAAACAAUUCGAUGAAGUCGGUAUGUCGAAUGAAAGUUCAAACCAAGUUUUUGUCAAACCUAUUUGCGACAUUCUUAUCUCAAUAUUUAGAUUGAACUCUUCCAAAAGUUGGUUAAGAGGUCGAGCAUUACUUGUCAUUUUACAACAAAUUUUUGGAACCACUAUCGAGAAGAAGGUUUAUGAACAAGUAGAGGGAAAAAUCAAAAAUGAAGAACAAGUUUUAGAUAUCUUGAAUAUUUUGAAACAAAUGGUGUUUCCUAACGGAAAAUUCAAGGACCCGCCAAUUUUAAGAACGAUUAUAGAAAAAGAGACUACAAGGAGAGAAGCAAAAGGCUUACUCACUGAGUUCAUGGUGGAGACCUGUUCCAAGAUUUUUGGCUUGUCCAACACUAAUUUUGCUUCAACAAAGUUAUUUAGCUUAUUUCAAAAUGACUUUUUGAAUGAACACUUGAUUUUGGAGAUUUUUGAUGCAUUAUUAGAAGAGGUCUUUCCAGACCUUAAUGACCCAAAUUAA